AUCCUAGCUCUUUCUAAAUAUUAAUCCUUUCCACAUCAAUAGCAAUCAACCCAAUCAAUACAAAUCAAUAAAUCUCUAGUUCAAUAAUAAGUAAUUCAUCAUGACUCGUACGAAAGAUAAAAAGCCUCUGGCUGUUACGGACAACAACAUCCCAACACCACCAGCUGCAAUUCUUCCACCUAAAUCAAAAGCCGCGGCUCCAGCUAUAACCCCAGCAUCUGUAAUUAUAUCUCUUCUUUGCACCUUUCAUUCAAAUCUAACGACACAAUAGAAACCACCUACAGCUCGCAAACGCAAAGUUUCUGAGAUUGAAGAACCACAAGCUCUACCAGAAAUUGAUAGCGAUGAUGAAAGACUUCAGCUGGUCGAUCAGAAUUGUGAUCAAAUCCGUCGCAAAAUUCGUAGUUUCCUCGAGACGGGUGAGAUGAAAGUCACCGAGUUCCAAAAGAAAAUCGGUGCCAACAGCAAAAGCUACGGUUCUUUCAUGGGUCAAAAUGGGAAAUUCAAAGGCGAUAAGAGCAAUGUUUACUACAACGCGUUUGCUUUCUUCAAAAAGAGAGAGUAAGUCACUCGAAUGCGUGACAUCCGAAGCCAUCAGCCUUUUAACUAAUAUAUAAUAGGCUACAGGGUAUAAAACCUCAAAAGAAGGCAAAGGUCAGUAAAGCCGAAGAAGCGAAGAAGUUCGAUGUCUCCGCCAUCAAGCUCGACGGAGAAUCUACCACUUCUGUCCCUGUCUACGACAGCUGCGAUGAAAUCCGUAAGAAGAUAUCAGCCUACCUUCGUGAACCUGGUGUCACCCAAGCUGCCUUUCUCCGAGAGAUCGCAAAAACCUAUCCUGAGGAAAAGAAAAUCCAAUCCAAAGUCUUGAAUGAUUUCUUGGGCAAGAAGGGCGCGACCGCUGGCAAUACUAGUUCUGCGUAUUAUGCUUCGUAUGUUUUCUUUGAGAAAAUUCGCCUUAGAGAUGGAAGGCCAAAGAGUAAGCAUAGAGAGGAAAUGGAAAAGCAGUGGGCAAGCGAAGGUGGUGUCGAUACAAAGACCUCAAGUUCUCGAGGCUAUUUAUGCCAUAUCAGUGAAAGACCUUUCGAGGACAAAUAUGGCAAAGUUUCGUUCUAUAAAGUCUAGGGACUCUCAGCGGCGUGGUGACUUUUGUACUAGUUUGGAGUUGAAGGAUUACGCAGGAUUUCUCGAUGACUGUACUUUUUCGGGCGUUUAGCUUGGCCUCUUUUUCGGGCUUGUUGGUGCCUGUCUGAAUCUGUACCAUCGAUUUCCAAUUUUGACAUUAAUAAAAAGGAUAUAGCAUUAAUACUGGAUUGUAUAAUAGUUCGAUUCAAUUGAGUGAUUUGAUUUCCUUCUUUUUUAAAUUGAAGGAUUUAUUUC